CUUUCUAAAGUAAACUAACUCGCACCCUUUGACUUUUGGUCAGGAGCUGUGCUGAGCUGGCCGCGGCCGUUCUCUGCAACACUUGGGGCGGCGCAGGGGAGGCCUCGGGACCGCCUGCCUCCAGGAGCCAUGCCAACUGUGGAUGACAUCCUAGAUCACAUAGGGGAGUUUCAUCUUUUCCAGAAACAAACGUUUUUCCUCUUAGCUCUGCUCUCUGCUACCUUCACCCCCAUCUACGUGGGCAUCGUCUUCCUGGGCUUUGCCCCCAGCCACCACUGCCGGAGCCCCGGGGUGUCUGAGCUGAGCCAGCGAUGCGGCUGGAGCCCAGCAGAGGAGCUAAACUAUACAAUGCCCGGCCUGGGGGCUGCGGAUGAGGUCUUCCUCCGCCAGUGCAUGCAGUAUGAGGUGGACUGGAACCAGAGCACCCUCGGCUGCGUGGACCCUCUGGCCAGCCUGGCUGCCAACAGGAGCCACCUGCCACUUGUCCCCUGUCAACAUGGCUGGGUGUAUGACACUCACGGCUCCUCCAUCGUCACUGAGUUUAACCUCGUGUGUGCCAACUCCUGGAUGCUGGACUUGUUCCAGUCUGCAGUGAACGUAGGGUUUUUUGUCGGUUCCGUGGGUAUCGGCUACCUGGCAGACAGAUUUGGCCGUAAAUUCUGCCUCCUCGCCACUAUCCUCAUCAACGCUCUCUCUGGGGUCCUCAUGGCCAUCGCCCCAACCUACACGUGGAUGUUGCUGUUUCGCCUGAUCCAAGGACUGGUCAGCAAAGCAGGCUGGUUAAUAGGCUACAUCCUGAUUACAGAAUUUGUCGGGCUCAGCUAUCGGAGAACAGUGGGGAUUUUUUACCAAGUGUCCUUUACCGUGGGGCUCCUGGUGCUAGCGGGGGUGGCGUACGCCCUUCCUCACUGGAGGUGGCUGCAGUUCGCGGUUACUCUGCCCAACUUCUGCUUCCUGCUCUAUUACUGGUGCAUACCUGAGUCUCCAAGGUGGCUGAUCUCCCAGAACAAGAACGCCAAAGCCAUGAGGAUCAUUAAGUACAUUGCAAAGAAAAAUGGAAAAUCAAUGCCAGCCUCUAUCCAGAGGCUGAGAGCCGAGGAGGAAGUGGGCGAGAAGCUGAAUCCCUCCUUUCUUGACUUGGUCAGAACCCCUCAGAUAAGAAAGCAUACUUUGAUCUUAAUGUACAACUGGUUCACGAGCUCUGUUCUCUACCAGGGCCUUAUCAUGCACAUGGGCCUCGCAGGGGACAAUGUCUACCUGGAUUUCUUCUACUCUGCUCUUGUUGAAUUCCCAGCGGCCUUCAUCAUCAUCCUCACCAUUGACCGCAUCGGUCGGCGAUAUCCUUGGGCUGUGUCAAACAUGCUGGCAGGGGUGGCCUGUCUAGCUUCCAUUUUUAUCCCUGAUGAUCUGCAGGGGCUGAGGGUCGCUGUCGCGUGUCUGGGCAGGAUGGGGAUCACCAUGGCCUAUGAGAUGGUGUGCCUGGUCAACGCUGAGCUGUACCCCACAUUCAUUAGGAACCUGGGCGUCAUGGUCUGCUCCUCCAUGUGUGACAUUGGUGGCAUCUUCACGCCGUUCCUGGUCUACCGCCUCACUGAGGUCUGGCUUGAGCUCCCGCUGCUGGUGUUUGCUGUGAUAGGCUUGAUUGCUGGAGGACUGGUGUUGCUGCUUCCAGAGACCAAAGGGAAGGCUUUGCCUGAGACCAUCGAGGAGGCUGAGAACAUGCAAAGACCAAGGAAAAAUAAAGAAAAAGUGAUUUACCUCCAAAUCAAGAAAUCAGAUGUUCCACUGAACUAAGGAGGGCGCUGCCCAGCCUGGCUGUGAUGAUGCCAAAACCAGAAGCAGAGAUUUCUUCACCCACCUCGGCCGGGCAGUUCAGCUGGACUUGUGCUUGGGCUCUGUCCUGUAGACCUAUGGCCAGCAGAAUUUGUGGCU